UCAAUGAAACCUACUAUUUUGCUUCUCUUUCUCUAUAGACAUCUUUAAAGUGCAUCUGAAAGAAAAAAUAUUUUUGACGUAAAUGGUUGUCACAUUAGAGGAAAGAAAGACAGCAGUAGGACUUUUAAAGCAAAGAAACUGGAAACAGUUGAAGAACAUCAUGGAAGAAACAGAGAAAAACAUGGCAACACAAGAAGGCAGAUUCUUUUCCAAGAUGAAGGUGUUCCUGAUGUCAUUAACGUGUGCAUAUCUAGCCAAAGCACUAUCAGGAAUUUAUAUGAAUUCCAUGCUCACACAAAUAGAGAGACAAUUCGGUAUCCCUACGUCUGUAGUUGGAUUUAUCAAUGGGAGCUUUGAGAUAGGAAACCUUCUGUUGAUUAUAUUCGUGAGUUAUUUUGGAAAGAAACUGCACAGACCUAUCACGAUUGGUGUUGGAUGUGUGGUUAUGGGCCUGGGGUGUUUCUUAAUGUCAUUACCUCAUUUCCUCAUGGACAGAUACAAAUAUGAAACAACGAUAUCACCUACAAGCAACGUGUCCUCAAGCGGCUCCUUGUGUAUGGAAAACAGAACCCUGCCCUUAAAGCCAACGCAAGACCCAGCAGAGUGUGUGAAAGAAAUAAAAUCAUUAAUGUGGAUAUAUGUACUAGUAGGAAAUACUAUGCGUGGAAUUGGUGAAACUCCCAUAUUGCCCUUGGGUAUUUCUUACAUUGAAGACUUUGCCAAAUCAGAAAACUCCCCUUUAUAUAUUGGGAUUUUAGAAAUGGGGAAGAUUGUUGGCCCAAUUAUUGGACUUUUGUUGGCAUCUUUCUGUGCACGUAUUUAUGUAGACAUUGGGUCUGUGAAUACAGAUGACCUGACCAUAACUCCCACUGAUACACGCUGGGUUGGUGCUUGGUGGAUUGGCUUGUUGGUCUGUGCAGGAGUGAAUAUCCUGACCAGCAUCCCCUUUUUCUUCUUUCCAAAGACACUCCCAAAGGAAGGAUUGCAGGAUAAUGUGGAUGUGACUAAAUAUGAGAAAGUUGAAAAAUAUAGAGGAAGAGCCAAAAAGGAAAACCUUGGAAUCACUAAAGAUUUCUUGCCAUUCAUGAAGAGCCUCUGCUGCAAUCCUAUUUAUAUGCUUUUCAGUGUUAUGAGUGUGCUCCAGGUGAAUGGAUUUAUCAGUAUAUUUACCUUCUUGCCCAAAUACCUGGAGCAGCAAUAUGGAAAAUCCACUGCAGAGGUAGUAUUCCUCUUAGGUGUUUAUAGCUUACCUCCACUAUGCCUUGGAUAUUUAAUUAGUGGCUUUAUUAUGAAGAAGUUUAAGAUCACUGUCAAGAAAGCUGCAUAUCUAGCAUUCGGCCUGUCCUUGUGUGAAUAUUUUAUUUAUUCCUGUAACUUUAUGAUGACCUGUGAUAAUUUCCCAGUUGCUGGAUUAACUACCUCUUAUAAAGGAGUUCAGCACCCUCUAUUUGUGGAGAAAAAUGUCCUUGCUGACUGCAACACAAGGUGUAGCUGCUUAACGGACACAUGGGAUCCAGUGUGCGGAGACAAUGGUCUAUCAUACAUGUCAGCCUGCCUUGCAGGCUGUGAGAAGCCUGUUGGAACUGGAACCAACAUGGUGUUUCACAAUUGCAGCUGCAUUCAGUCAUCAGGAAAUGCAUCUGCAGUCCUGGGGCUGUGUAAGAAAGGCCCUGAGUGUGCUAACAAGCUGCAGCACUUUUUAAUCCUGUCAGCAAUUGCCAGUUUCAUCUUCUCACUCGCAGCUAUCCCUGGGUACAUGGUUCUUCUGAGGUGUGUCAAGUCUGAAGAGAAGUCAAUUGGAGUUGGAUUACAUGCAUUUUUCAUAAGGCUAUUAGCUGGCAUUCCUGCACCUGUUUAUUUUGGCGCUUUGAUAGACAGAACAUGUUUACAUUGGGGAACUUUGAAAUGUGGUCAGCCAGGGGCAUGCAGGAUGUAUGAUAUAAACAGCUUCAGGCACAUUUACCUGGGGUUGCCUGCAGCACUAAGAGGAUCAAGCUAUCUCCCUGCAGUCUUCAUUCUGAUACUUAUGAGGAAAUUCCAGUUCCCUGGGGACAUCAACUCUUCAGAAACUGAACUUGCAGAGAUGAAGCUCACAGAGAAGGAAAGUGAGUGCACAGAUGUGUGCAGAAGUCCUAAGGUUGAGAAUGAUGGAGAACUGAAAACUAAGCUGUAAUGAGCUUUCAACUGGCCAAGAACAGACUGUACAUUUCACUUCCUUUGAAUCAUGAGAGGUACGAUAGGAACUUUUACCAUUAAGGACCUCAACAAUUAUUUUUACUUAUGAUAAAAAACAAUUACUGAUAGCAUUUUCAGAACAUUAAGGUGCUACUUAAGAUUUUCUCAGAUACCAUACCUAUGGUGAUGCACACUGAAUUUUAAAGCUUCCUUCAUUUUUACAAGGCAUUUUCUCUUUUAACUCAAUCAAGGAAAGUGUGUGUUUCCUACAUAUCUUCAAAUGGGUUUAAAAUUUUCCUAUUCCCGAAACAGCAUUUAAUUCUACUGAAUUUAUGCUUCAAUGUUGGAGGUAUUUAGAGCUGAAAAUAUAUUGACAAUAAAAGAUAAAAUAAAGUAAAAUAAGAAAUAAAUGAAAAUAAAUCAGAGCUGGAUGCAGUAUAAGAUGUUCUCAAAGACUACUCUGAUAUUCAGGAUGCCUCUCUGACUCGGUGGUCAUUUUUUUGUGUCCUCAGAACACAUGAAUAAAAUGAUAACAUGUUUAAAAGUAUAACUAUGGUUUUAUAAUAAAUUAUAAUAAAGUUGUAAAUUUACAAUUAAAAUGAAACUGUAACAUGAAUAAAAAUUACAUGGCUAUUAAAUUUCGAAAUCAGAGUAAACCUUUAAAGUGAGACCAGGCAGAGAGUUCAAUGAAAAGGGGUAUUUGCCACCAAGCCUGACAAGGAAGGUUUGAUCACUGGGACCUAUAUGGUAGAAGACAAGGACAAACUCUUGCAAGUUGUUUUAUGCCUUCUAAUCCUGUACUAUGGUGUACAUGCCCCACCCCAAAUUAUAUAUGCAGAGAGAGAGAGAGAGAGAGAGAGAGAGAGAGAGAGAGAGAGAGAGAGAGAGAGAGAGACAUGACUCUUGCUGUAAGGAAAUUUGGCUUAAU